UCUUCCUUAGUUGUGGUAGCAUAAAAAAGAGAGCUUUGGAUAAAAAGGGGAGGAAGCCUUCAUAUUUGACUAAUAAAAGAAAGCUCUCUUUUCGUUUCUCCUGGGAUUUUCAGGUGGCCGCAGCCCAUUAUAGAUCUGUUUUCUUCCCACUUUCCUUGCUCUCAUUUUGCAUUUCAAGCUUCAUUGAAGAAUACAUAUUGCCCCAUUUGAUCAAAUUCCCACCUUUUCAGCGUGUAGAAAAAGAAAAAACUACUAAUUUACAUGUGAGUUUCACAUUUCCCCCUGUUCUGAUUUGUAGUUUCUAGGAACUUUGGCGAGGUCCACCAUUGUGUUUGGUGGGCUUCGUCCAGACAAUCCAAUUGCUGACCAUUAUCUUUUGAAAGGCAGAUCCUAUAUCUGUUAGUUUUCGAAGCUUACGCUUGUUUUUCAUUGCAUUUUUGGACAAUUGGUGGUCUUGCCUAACUUUUAAGACAUCUUUUGUUCAAUUUAUAUAACGUAUAUGCCUAACUUGAAUCCUGCACCAUUCAAAUGCUUUUCUUCUUGAUAACUUGCUGCUCAUUCAUCAUCUUCUUUUACAAGUCUCUUUCUUUCAAGCUACUUCCUUUGUUGGCUUGUGAGAUGAGAUUGCUCUCACUCUGGUGUUGGAAAGAUUUUUCACUUUUAUCUCUCCUCACCAAAUCCAUUAAAAGCAGCAGGUUCUUUGCCUCCGAGAUGAUGAUGUCAUUCAAGAAAAGAACUCUUCAAACCAGUUCCAAGACAGUAGUACAUCAUAAUGCUGAUGAGCUAAGCUCACCAUCAUCAUCAGAGAUCAUGUCCAUAUUGGAUUUGCCUGAAUUAGUAUUGGAAUGCAUUCUUGAGAAGCUCCCCCCUGAGGGCUUGUGUAGUAUGGCCGCUGUUUGCCGGUCUUUGAGAGAUAGAUGUAUGAGUGAUCAUCUGUGGGAAAAGCAUAUGAAUCAGAAAUGGGGAAGAAUUAUUGGCCCCGCUGCCCAUAGGGAGUGGCAGUGGCAUAUUGCUACAAGAAAAGAUUCUUGCUUCAAUCAAGCAACGCCAAAAGGGUCCUUCAAUUAUCUGUCUCAAUUAUGGCCUCUUUCAUUAGUUAGAUCCAGCUUAAAGAAUAGGAUAACCAAGAGGAAGAAUUCUCCUCCGGUUGAUUCAGUAAUGUCCUGGUAUCUUGCUCUUGAGUCUGGCAAGUUGUUCCCUGCUCAGAUUUAUAAUCGUGAGCAUGGGCAUGUUGGUUUUAUGUUGUCAUGCUACGAUGCAGAACUUAGCUAUAAUCCCAGAACUGAUACUUUCCAGGCCAGAUAUCCUCCACAUGGAAACAGAGCAGUUGCCGUGGAGACAGAUGUGACAUGGGACAGAAUAAGAGCACCACCUGUUGAUACCCCUCCACAUGAUCUUCAUAUCUCUGACUGUUUGAGUGAAUUGCAUCCUGGUGAUCACAUUGAAAUUCAAUGGAGAAGAAACAAAGAAUUCCCUUAUGGUUGGUGGUAUGGUGUCGUAGGUCACUUGGAAACAUGUGAUGGGAAUUCCAACUACUGCCGUUGUCAUGAAAGUGAUAGCGUUGUUCUGGAGUUCAAUCAGUACACUCCUGGUUCAAGGUGGAGAACAACAACUCUCAGUAGAAAAGACCAUCGAGAAGGAGGAAAUGAAGCUGAUGGAUUCUAUGGAGGAAUCCGAAAUCUCCAAAGAAAUGAAGAGAUUUCAACAUGGAAAAAGCUUUGGCCAACUGAAAUCUUGGAAUAAAGCUCAGAAAUUUUCUGUUCUAGAUGGUUCAAGUCUCAAAUUUGCACUCCUUUGUUCAUUCUAUGGAGCACUGAACUCUCCGCUAGAUUCAGCAUUGUAUUAUACUAGGCUGUCAUCUCCUCUUAGGGGAGAGGUUGGGAAUCAUUUGGGUAGAAUUGUUCCUCUCCUUUGAUGCAAGUAGGUCCAUUGUAGUAUGUGUAAUUGUAUCAGGAGUUAUAUUAAGAUUUUCCCCUCUAGGAUGUACUAGUAGUCAAAAGCUGUAUCGUCCACCAUUUUCUUGGCAUUUUCUCCUGGUGGAAUGGGGGAAAAGAAGAAUUAAAAGUUAAUGUAAAUAAUAACACAAUGAUAUUCAUGAUAUUGUAAUAUCAAUUUCUUAGGCUUAGUUAUUACUA